AUGUCGUCAUCACCGUCAUCGUCAUCAUUUUCGCGUCCCAGUACACCGGAGCUCUCCGAAUCGGAGCGCUACUUCGAUGGGAUAUGUGAUGCAUCACACAACUACCCUAAUAAUUUUGCAUGUAGUGCGCGCGGUAAAAAGGCACGCCAAGAAAUUGCUGAGACUUGGUAUCGAGAGGCGUCGCAUGUGUUUCAUCCGAGACUGAGCGAUCCUCCUUUGAAGAUAUACGAGACCUGCGAUUGCACUACACCAUGCAACUGUCAGUCCCUUGAUGCAGAGGUCAAAACUCUGCAAGAACUCAGGUCUCGUCUACAAUCUAGCAAUAAGACACCAAAGAUAAGAUACGUUUCUAUCAAAUCAAAACAUUCUAAAGAGCAACUGAGAUGCUCAAUUCAUACGUUCAAGUAUCUUUGCACAUAUCAACAGAUCCCACCGUCGUUCCUCUCAUGUCUAUACUCUUUCAGACGUUCACUCUCGGCUCAUGAAUGGUGCAAUCUACCUCAAUUCAACGAUGACAACACUCUUCUAUCCAAAGAAAGACAUCUCUUGCCUCUUCCGGGACUAAACCGCUCUGGUCGAGAGAUAAGAUAUUCAUUUGUUUUGCGGUCAGUCGAAAGCUCGGAAUCCAUUACAACAAAGCCCAAAUCCUGGGGUAUCCGGCAGCUUGCGGUGUACCACUCAUUUGAUGUUUUGAGCGGCCAGGCGUUGUGGGUAAUGUGUAAGGGAAACUCUUUUAACGAAGAGCUCUUUAAAGAAGCCUUGAAUGACACCAGGAACGAGUUGGACUCUAUCCCUCAGUGUUUUUCCUUCUCACUGGAAACUUUGAGUAUGAUUCUUGACUGGUGCGACAGCAACUGGAUCUUUUACAUUAACGAACUCCUCGAGAACGUCAAGCCACAAGUCGACAAGGCUAGGACACCUGGUAUACACGACGAAGCCAGGCUGAGCUCUGACGUGAGACACGCCACCGGUCUAAGCAGCACCACACCCUCCGAGAAAUCGCCCGGCUGUACAACCGUACUGUUGCACGAUAGCAAACAUCGAGUUUAUCAUGAAGACCGAGCAAAGAAGUUCGAAGACCGUUUGAAAAAGCUCGAGGGUGAAGACUGGGUAAAGAAGCUUCAGGGCUUCUCUUUUGACGAGGUUGAGGCGCUUCAACAAGGACUGGAGAAAAUACAGGAGGCUCUUCUUGUGCUCAAGCUUAACAAGCAGGUCGUGAGGCAAAUUCGAGAACACUACGAAUUUGUUAUGAACGAGUACAAAAUACCUAUGCUUGAGAGUAUCCAAACGGAGUGCAAGCUUUCGAGCGUCGAGUUGUUCCAGCGGGCCAAGGGCGUUGAAGCGAAUCUUGAGGCCAGGCAAGUCCAGCUCGAAGCACUAUUCUUGCUUGUCAAAGAAAGCAAGGAGAUGUAUAACUGCAUUCUUCAAUACAAAACACUACAAAUUAACAAACUCUACGCUGAAAGCGCUAAAUUGUCCGCUCUUAAGAUGGAGGACAUUGCCUUCAAGACCAAGCGGGAGACAAGCUCGAUGCACAUUAUAACAUUUGUAACUCUUAUUUUUCUUCCGGGUACAUUCAUGGCUUCCUUCUUUCAAAGUGGUAUACUCGAGUGGCCUCCACUCAAUUCUGAUGAGCCAUGGGAUCUAGCCGGGUCGUGGAAACUCAACACCAAGAUAUUCGGCCUUUUCUUUGGUAUUUCUGCGACUAUCACGGCUGUAACUAUUAUGCUGUGGAUGUUUGUUCUAUUCAUGCUGCGCAGGUCACUUAGAGAUUAG